UACACACUCACGGUCGCCUCCAGCCUCCCUCCUCUCUUCAUGAGUUCUCGCCCGUCGCCACCGACCACCGUUGCUUUCCUGACCGGCGACCGCUGAAGGCCGCCAUUGAGAGGGAUGAUUCAUCAUCUUGUUAUCAACAAAAACAAAACACUCCAAGUGAGCCUGAAGAGUCGGUUGGGUAAAAAAGAAAACGUUCAAACAGUCAGGUUCGGGGGAAGAUGUUCUUCAAGCCCCAAAACUCGAGGUUUCAUUCAUAUAUUCAUCAUUAUGUACAGUUUUGUAGUAUAAACACAAAAUGCGAAUCAAGGUUUCAUUUUUCCAAAUACCCUCUUGUUUAUAAUGCAUCAUUUGCAUUUUUCUCAUCCCAAACCUUCAAGCCCAGACCAUAUUUGGAAGGUUCUCAUUGGAAAUAUGCAGAAAGUUCACAUUUUGGUGAUAAUAGAAAUACGGAUGUUGCAAGUGAAGAAGUGGGGUGUAGAGAGUAUGGGAACUUAAGCUUUUCAGACACAUGUUAUAGUGAUAGAGAGUGUAGGGAAAGCUGUAAAUUUGAUGAUUUGGAUGAGUUUGAAGAGUCGGGAAAGGAAGAUGGAGGGGAGAGUGAUGGCGAUGACAACAAUGGUGAGGAUUUUAAAAUUUUGGAUUCAUUUGAUAGGAAUCAAAAGCAAAGUAAUUGGUGUAAAGUGAAAACUGAGGAGGGGGUGGAGGAUGAAAUGAGACAUCCUUUGGUAAAAGAAAUAUGUAGGUUAAUUGAUUCGAGAGCAUCAUGGACGCCAAAGCUUGAGGGGGAACUAAGGCGCUUACUAAAAAGCUUGAAACCUCUACAAGUUUGUGCUGUAUUAAGGUCUCAAUCCGAUGAAAGGGUUGCCUUAAUGUUCUUUUAUUGGGCAGACCGGCAAUGGAGGUAUAGGCACGAUCCGGUUGUGUAUUAUGAGAUGCUUAGAGUUCUAAGCAAGACUAAGUUGUGCCAAGGAGCUAAACGUGUUCUCCGCCUCAUGGCACGGAGAAGAAUCGAACUCCAGCCUGAAGCUUUUGGGUUUCUGAUGGUUUCUUUUAGUCGUGCUGGAAAUAUGAGGAAAGCAUUACAGGUUCUUACUUUGAUGCAGAAAGCGGGAAUUGGGCUAGAUUUGGGAAUAUGUAACACUGCAAUUUAUGUUUUGGUGAAGGGGAAUAAGUUGGAGAAGGCAUUGAGGUUUUUGGAACGUAUGCAACUAGUUGGAAUUACACCCAAUGUUGUCUCGUAUAAUUGCUUAAUCAAGGGGUACUGUGAUGUCCAUCGAGUUGAAGAUGCACUCGAGCUUAUUGCACAGAUGCCAUAUAAAGGAUGUCCCCCCGACAAAGUGAGUUACUAUACCGUAAUGGGAUUUUUGUGUAAGGAGAAAAGAGUGGAUGAAGUAAAAGAGUUAAUGGAGAAGAUGACGAAAGAUAAUGAUUUGUACGUUGAUCAGGUUACUUAUAAUACUCUUGUACAUAUGCUCUCAAAGCAUGGCCAUGCCGAUGAAGCAUUAAUCUUUUUAAGGGAAGGGGAAGCCCGAGGGUUCUGUAUUGACAAAGUUGGAUACAGUACAGUAAUAAACUCCUUCUGUAAGGCGGGGAGGAUGGAUAGGGCAAAAGAGCUCGUUAAUGAAAUGAUUGCCAAUGGGUGUAUUCCCGAUGUGGUAACUUACACUGCUAUUGUGAAUGGAUUUUGCUCUAUAGGAGAGGUCGAUCAAGGGAAAAAGCUACUCCAGCAGAUGUACAAACAAGGUUGCAAGCCAAACACGGUAUCAUACACGGCCCUUUUGAAUGGGCUUUGUCGAACGGGGAGAUCUUCAGAAGCAAGAGAGAUGAUGAACGUGAGCGAGGAUGGCUGGUGGAGGCCCAAUGCCGUGACAUAUAGUGUUGUGAUGCACGGCUUUCGUAGGGAAGGAAAGCUCCUCGAGGCGUGUAAUGUAGUCAGGGAAAUGAUUGGAAAGGGAUUUUUCCCUUCUCCCGUUGAAAUUAACCUACUUAUUCAAGCUCUUUGUAGAGAGGAGAGAGCGGUCGAGGCAAAGAAGUUUCUGGAAGAGUGUCGGAGAAAAGGGUGUGCUGUUAAUGUUGUAAACUUCACUACUCUAAUUCACGGUUUCUGUUCAAAAGAUGAUUUGGGUUCUGCUCUUUCCGUUCUCGAUGACAUGUAUUUGAUUAACAAACAUCCAGAUGUUGUCACGUAUACAACACUAAUAGGUGCAUUAGGGAAGAACGGUAGGAUUGAAGAGGCGAUCGAAAUGACCAAGAAACUGCUCCAUAAGGGUUUGGUUCCUACUCAAGUGACAUAUCGUACAGUAAUCCAUCACUUUUGUCAGCAGGGUCGGGUCGAGGAUCUAUUGAAGUUGUUAGAGAAGAUGUUGUUGAGACAAGAUUGCCGGACUGUGUACAACCAAGUCAUCGAAAAGCUGUGCAGUUUCGGAAAUCCAAACGAGGCUUAUAAGCUUUUGGGCAAAAUUCUCCGGACCGCUUCAAGAACUGAUGCAAAUACCUGCCACAUUCUUAUCGAGAGUUAUUUGAAAAACGGAAACCCUUUGUUCUCGUAUAAGGUUGCCUGUCGAAUGUUGAAGCGGAAUUUGGUUCCCGAUUUAAAGUUGUGUGAAAUAGUGAAGGAGAAGUUGAUGUUAGAUGGGAAAGCAUGCGAGGCAGAUAAGCUUAUGAUGCUUUUAGUGGAACGUGGCCACAUUUUGCCUAAGCAUAAGCAACGAUUGACUUGAGGUGCAUUUAACCUUUUUGAGCUUUUCAGUUUCAUUACUCUGCCUAAACAUCAGCAACGAUAGUUCAUGUUUAUUUUCUAGGUGAACAAAA